CUCUUACUUAAAAAAAAGUUAAAUACCUCAAAAAAAAAAGUUUAAAGAAAAAUACUAAGGCGCCAAUAACUGUAAGAGAGAUAUGAUAAAGCAGCCGGGGACAACGGCGGUUAUGCGGCUGAGAAACCUGAUGGAGAGCCCCGCACCACCGCCUCCGAGGGAUUACGUUCAGUACCAACAUACUGACGCCCGCAGUCUCUACAGAUGGACUGCAAGGGAAAGCUACGAGUUCAUGUACGCAAGACCGUGGCAUAAGAUUAAUGAUUUUUAUUUAGAUGUGGUGAAUGGCCGCCAAUCGUUGCAUCAAUUGUUUCCGGAAGAGGUGGGAAUUUGUUAAAGUUGCAAAGACGAAUGAUGUAGAUGCUGUCGAUGGUUUUGACAAACCUGAAUCAGAAAGUGUUCCGGCUAAGGGUAGAACCGGGAGAUGGGCGAGGGCCACAUUCAAAAUACUUAUCUCCUACAAUGGAAAUUCUUUUGAUGGGUGGCAGAAACAGCCUGGUCUAAACACAGUUCAAGGAUUGGUUGAAAGUUCUCUUGGGAAAUUUGUUGAUGAAAAGAAAGCUCAGCUGUUGAAGGAAAAGAAAUUGCCAUUAGAAGGUUGUGCCCUCGUUGCCGGGCGAACAGAUAAAGGGGUGACAGCUCUAGGACAAGUUUGUGCUUUCUAUACAUGGAGAAAAGAUGUUAAAGCUCUAGACAUUGAGGAUGCGCUAAAGUCUGCAGCACCAGGGAAGAUAAGGGUCACUUCUGUUUCUCAGGUCUCUCGUGAUUUUCAUCCUAAUUUCUCUGCAAAAUGGAGGCACUAUUUCUAUAUAUUUCCUAUUAAUGAAGAAAAUGUGGAUGAUGAAAUCAGUGGAUGUAAGAAUGAUAAUUUGAAUAAAGCUAUUUGCCAAGAUGAAGAUGAUGAAGGCUUGGGUGAGCAAAAUUGUGAAGAUGAAGAUGAUGAUUAUGGUCAGACGCAAAAAUCAGGAAGCAAACCAUUCACUUUUGAAGUAAGCCGUGUGAACUGUCUACUACAUCAACUGGAAGGAAAGUUACUUUCCUUCAGGAUGUUUGCACGAGAUACUAAGGCCUCUAGAAACAUUGGUCCACCAACAGAGUGCUUUGUCUUCCAUGCACGAGCUGCAGAGGCCUAUUUACCCUGUCCUAAGGAUGGAGACAGAACCAAGGUAAUGUGUGUUGAGUUGGUCGCUAAUCGCUUCUUGCGAAAGAUGGUUCGAGUUCUUGUAGCAACAGCAAUUAGGGAAGCAGCUGCUGGUGCAGAAGAAGACGGAUUGAUAAAGCUAAUGGACGCCACCUGCAGGCGCGCCACUGCUCCGCCUGCACCUUCAGAUGGCCUUUGCCUUGUUGAUGUAGGCUAUAAAGAAUUUGACAAGAAAACUUGCUUAAUCCCUUGAGUUUAGCUUGCUAGCUCCCAUUUUUGCUUCGAAAUUGAGAUCAAACUUAUAGAAAAUUCAACCUCACUUUUAUGCAUGGUGGAAAACUAGGGUUUAGCAUGAGCGAAAGCUCAUAAAUCAGAGCUACGGCUGAAAAUGUUCCCAUAUUAUGUGUAACCCAUUCUUGCCGUCAAGAUAUUGUUCAAAUUGGGAUGUUGUAUUCUGCAUAAUUGUCAUUUAUUUUAAUUAUUAAUUUUAUUCCCA